AUGACCAAGGAAAAUGCACGGGGUGUUAGUAUAGAGCCAACACAAAUACAUGUUGAGAAGGCACUGAAUUCAUUUGCAUUUAAGAAUCUGAAAAAACUCGAAAUAUACUCCAUUAAUACUCAAAUGACUCUACAGACUGGACCAACAACACUCACAAUAUCACUCUCACCAGAACCACACCUUUACUUUUAUGUACAACACUGUCUCAAAGCAUUCAUAUCUUCAAUGUAUCCACCAGUCACUGUUUCUGGCGAUUACAUGCACUUCGAGUUAAGGAUAUUCCCGCCGUAUCCGUGCUCGAAAAUAAUAUUAGAAAACCGCCUUUCCGAAGUCGACUAUGUAUUUGUCAAGGUCGACGACACGUUGUACCCACACCUCUUACGUUUUGGCCAGGGUCUAUUGGCUCGCAAUGGGAUAUUAGGCUGCUUAUAUCUUCAGAAUUUUGGCAACAAGUUAGUUCUUGUUGCGAAUAAAAAUCAGAUCCACACCGCGCGCCGUGUUAUUGAAGAGACAAAAUACGCGACUCUCAUUCUCCGCCAACCAACCUUAAAUAACAACAUGACGUGUAAACAACUUUCCAAGCACAAGUGGGUUGCCACUUUCAUUCUCAAAGAGGCUAACAUCGAUAAUCGAUUCAUUAAAAAGAAAGUAACUCCCGCUGUUCUCUCCGUCCCAGUCAUGAACGUCGUCACCAAAACCCUCGCCGCUACGACUCCUAAGCAACCCACGAAAACAAAGAAACCCAAACCCGACACAACAAGUGAAGACAUGUCGGAUAUCGACUUCAUUAAGCCAAAAACCGUGUCGAUCACUCAAAGCAAAAAGGUCACUCGCGAGUACUUCCCAAAGUUUUCUCGCAAUUUCACAAAAGAAGAGAACGAGGUGAAAACGCCUCAGGACGAGCUUGCGGAUGGGUACAAGAAAAUUCAGCAGAUGUACGCAGUCGAGGAGAAGGUCGCUCGAGAGCUGGACGUCGACCUCUCGGACAACGCGUUCAGAUACUUUGGGUACGCCGACGAAAGAAAUUUGGUGCGCGACGAUCAACUGACAUCAGAGUAUUACAGCGAUCUUCUCCUCUCGCAAGCCCAUGAGAAGAGUCUCAAAGACGAAACUGAAAAAGCCCGACAGCAGCGUCUUGAUCGAGAAAAGGCCGAAGAAGACGCCCGUCUUGCCAAUCUCAAAAAAGAGGAAGAACGUCGGUUGUUGGAAGAGAAAGCGCGGGACGAGGAAGAAGCGCGUCGACUGCAAGAAGAGGAAGAGUUUGGGAAGAUGGAAAAUGUGAUUCUUCUUACGAACAAAGGGGAGGACUACACGGUAGAAAAAGGCCUCACUGUAGAGCUUCGCCACGUCUUGAAAUGGCACGAAAGUGAUGUGAUGAGUAUGAUGAAUCAAUGUGAAGUCGACUAUGAAAUGUUCUCUGAGAGUAUUUCUGUGAAGGGGAAUGGUGCGGAUGGGUUCUGUGUUGGUCUAGAGAAUUUUGCAUCGGAAGUGAUGAAAGAAGAGGUUGUAGUAAGUGUUGAUUGUUGUGUCGCUGCUGCGGUAACGUUAAUAUUCAAUAAAGAAGGCAUUGAAGCGUCAGCGUGGUACUUUGGGCCUGUUAUUUUGGCUUUAAAAGACCCAGAUUUCUGCGUCAAUUAUUGUGAGAGGGAGAUUGAAAAUCUCCUUGACGAUGACGAAGAAAAUCAAGAAUGCGUCAUCGUGACGGCAACAAAUGACAAAAACGUGAAAUACGCGGAACAAAGAAUUCAAUCAUUGUGCAAAUCUGCAUAUAAACGAAUGUUGAGUGAAAAAGAGAAAAAUGAAGUAUUCAAUGUCAUUAAUACUGACAGCGAAGCUUUCAUUAACAGUCAAGUCCUCGAACAAUACGAGGAAAAGUGGUUUUUAAUCUCAUUCAAUGAGAAUGUAAAAGUUUCGCUACAAAAGAGAAUAUCUUUUAAAUUAUAG